CUGGGCGGACGAGGGGGCUGGGGCUGAAAGCCGGGGCGGGGCCGCGCGGCGGGCGGGGCCGGAGCCGGGGGGCGCAGCUAGAGAGACCCUGAGCGGCGGCGGGAGAGGAGCGCGUAGCCUCUGGGAGCUCAGGCCCGGCAGCCAUGGCGGUGGAAGGAGGAAUGAAAUGUGUCAAGAUCUUGCUCUACGUUUUUCUGCUGGCCUUUUGCGCCUGUGCCGUGGGGCUGAUCGCUGUGGGUGUAGCGGCCCAGUAUGUCCUGAGUCAGACUAUCAGCCAGGAGGCCACUCCUGGCUCUGUGCUGCUUGUGGUCAUCAUUGCAGUGGGAGCCUUCCUCUUCCUGGUGGCCAUUGUGGGUUGCUGUGGGGCCUGCAAGGAGAACAACUGUCUUAUGAUCACGUUUGUCAUCUUCCUUUCACUUAUCAUGCUGGUGGAAGUGGCAGCAGCCAUUGCUGGCUAUGUGUUUAGAGACAAGGUGAUGUCAGAAUUUAAUAAGGACUUCCGGCAGCAGAUGAAGAAUUAUCCCAAACAGAACCACACAGGUGUUUCGAUCCUGGACGGGAUGCAGGAAAACUUCAAGUGUUGUGGGGCAGCUAACUACACGGAUUGGGGGAACAUCCCUCUUGAGCCCAAGGGCCGUGUCCCCGACUCCUGCUGCAUCAAUGUCACUCAGGGUUGUGGGAUUAAUUUCAAAGUGAAGGACAUCUAUACCGAGGGCUGUGUGGAGAAGAUUGGGGUCUGGCUGAGGAGCAAUGUGCUGGUGGUAGCUGCAGCAGCCCUGGGCAUUGCCUUUGUGGAGGUCCUGGGAAUUAUCUUUGCCUGCUGCCUUGUGAAGAGUAUCCGAAGUGGCUAUGAAGUGAUGUAGAGGGUCUGGUCUCUUCAGCCCCUCAUCUAGGAGAGUGGGGUAGUAUACUCCACAUUUUUCAAUUAAACGGAUUAUUUUUUCAGGCUGAAAA